AUGUCUCCCCCCUUACUUCACCAUGUCUUCCACCCUUACUUCACCAUGUCUCCCCCUUACCUCACUAUGUCUUUUACCUCACCAUGUCUCCCCCUUACCUCACCAUGUCUCCCCCCUUACUUCACCAUGUCUCCCCCCUUACCUCACCAUGUCUCCCCCUUACCUCACCAUGUCUCCCCCGUUACUUCACCAUGUCUCCCCCCUUACUUCACCAUGUCUCCCCCCCCCUUACCUCACCAUGUCUCCCCCUUACCUCACCAUGUCUCCCCCUUACUCACCAUGUCUCCCCCUUACCUCACCAUGUCUCCCCCUUACCUCACCAUGUCUCCCCCUUACCUCACCAUGUCUCCCCCUUACCUCACCAUGUCUCCCCCUUACCUCACCAUGUCUCCCCCUUACCUCACCAUGUCUCCCCCUUACCUCACCAUGUCUCCCCCUUACCUCACCAUGUCUCCCCCUUACCUCACCAUGUCUCCCCCUUACCUCACCAUGUCUCCCCCUUACCUCACCAUGUCUCCCCCUUACCUCACCAUGUCUCCCCCCUUACCUCACCAUGUCUCCCCCUUACCUCACCAUGUCUCCCCCUUACCUCACCAUGUCUCCCCCUUACCUCACCAUGUCUCCCCCUUACCUCACCAUGUCUCCCCCUUACCUCACCAUGUCUCCCCCUUACCUCACCAUGUCUCCCCCUUACCUCACCAUGUCUCCCCCUUACCUCACCAUGUCUCCCCCUUACCUCACCAUGUCCUCCCCCUUACCUCACCAUGUCUCCCCCUUACCCCUCACCAUGUCUCCCCCUUACCUCACCAUGUCUCCCCCUUACCUCACCAUGUCUCCCCCUUACCUCACCAUGUCUCCCCCUUACCUCACCAUGUCUCCCCCUUACCUCACCAUGUCUCCCCCUUACCUCACCAUGUCUCCCCCUUACCUCACCAUGUCUCCCCCUUACCUCACCAUGUCUCCCCCCCCCAGUACCUCACCAUGUCUCCCCCUUACCUCACCAUGUCUCCCCCUUACCUCACCAUGUCUCCCCCUUACCUCACCAUGUCUCCCCCUUACCUCACCAUGUCUCCCCCUUACCUCACCAUGUCUCCCCUUACUCACCAUGUCUCCCCCUUACCUCACCAUGUCUCCCCCUUACCUCACCAUGUCUCCCCCUUACCUCACCAUGUCCUCCCCCUUACCUCACCAUGUCUCCCCCUUACCUCACCAUGUCUCCCCCUUACCUCACCAUGUCUCCCCCUUACCUCACCAUGUCUCCCCCUUACCUCACCAUGUCUCCCCCUUACCUCACCCAUGUCUCCCCCUUACCUCACCAUGUCUCCCCUUACCUCACCAUGUCUCCCCCUUACCUUCACCAUGUCUCCCCCCCCUUACCUCACCAUGUCUCCCCCUUACCUCACCAUGUCUCCCCCUUACCUCACCAUGUCUCCCCCUUACCUCACCAUGUCUCCCCUUACCUCACCAUGUCUCCCCCCUUACUUCACCAUGUCUCCCCCUUACCUCACCAUGUCUCCCCCUUACCUCACCAUGUCUCCCCCUUACCUCACCAUGUCUCCCCCUUACUCACCAUGUCUCCCCCCUUACCUCACCAUGUCUCCCCCUUACCUCACCAUGUCUCCCCCUUACCUCACCAUGUCUCCCCCUUACUUCACCAUGUCUCCCCCUUACCACUCACUCCCUAUGUCUCCCCCUUACCUCACCAUGUCUCCCCCUUACCUCACCAUGUCUCCCCCUUACCUCACCAUGUCUCCCCCUUACCUCACCAUGUCUCCCCCUUACUUCACCAUGUCUCCCCCUUACUUCACCAUGUCUCCCCCUUACUUCACCAUGUCUCCCCCUUACCUCACCAUGCUGGUGUGGCUGCUCCCCCAGUGGCCUGAGCGAGGCCUCCCCCCCCUCCCCCAGUGCCUGAGGGCCAGUCCCUCCUCCACACGCACUCACGGCUUCUUUGUUGCUCUGCUGGAGAGACGGCGAGAGGGAGACGCCCGAGAGGGAGACGCCCGAGAGGGAGACGCCCGAGAGGGAGACGCCCGAGAGGGAGACGCCCGAGAGGGAGACGCCCGAGAGGGAGACGCCCGAGAGGGAGACGCCCGAGGGGGAGACCGAGAGGAGACUCCUGAGGCAGCCAGUGAUUCUUCUAAAGUCACGAUUGUGGAACUGACUCCAGGAGCAGAGUCUGAUCCAGAGGAACCUGGACCCGGGCCUGAACCCAGCUCAGACCCUGAAGACCCAACCCCAGGCCCCACAGACCCCGCUGGAGACCCAACCCCAGGCCCCACAGACGACCGCUCCACAGACCCAGCUCAACCCCCGAGGAAGAAGAGGAAGAGGAGGAAGAGCAAGCAGCCUGGCUCUACGACUCAGACCCUCGUGGACCCAGCUGGAGACCCCACAUCCGGCUCCACGGACCCAGCUCAGGCCCAGAAGAGGAAGAGGAGGAAGAGGAAGAGGAACAAACCGGCUCAGACCGCUCAGACCGCAGACCCGGCUCAGACCGCUUAG